AUGGAACUGAUAUUCAAAAGCCUACCAAAUUUUAGCUUGCGGUUUUUAUCCAUGGCUUCAGGUGCACUUAUGAUAACUGGAGGAAUAUUAAACGUUUUCAACCUGUUCCAAAUUGUAAUAAAUUUAUAUAUUAUAUUAUCAGGAAUUUUAUUAAUUUUAUGUGAUGUGAAGACAUUUAAUUUUUAUCGACAUAUCGAAUUUUUAUUCACUGUAGUUGGAAGAAGUUUGUUUAUGCUUAUAAUAGGAUCCAUAUUAAUUAAUAAAGGAGUUCUUAGCUUAUUAAUUGGCAUAGUUAUUAUUGUUAUUGCGUUUUUUUAUGUAACUCUGGGUUAUUUCAAUGGAAUUCCUUUACCUCUUCUGGACAAAAAUAACAACAUGACUAGUUUCCCAGAUCAGAAAAACAACAUUAGAAGCACAUGUUCUAUGGAUACAAGAGAUGGUUUCAACUGA